UCGAUAUUAUAAUCUAUUUUCUCCAGCUCUAAUAAACAGCUGUUGACCCAAGAUGUUUUGAUAAAGAACGCGAAUGAAAACGAAAAAUUUAAUACAAUGGCCGAUACUAUGCCAAUUAGCAGCGAUUCAGGCACCGAAGAGGAGGAGGAGGUGGAGCCAAAGUUCAAAUAUCAGCGUAUUGGCAAUGAUUUGAAGAACAUACUCAACAAAGAUAUCAUCACCUGCAGUGCGGUGCAUUCAAAGUUUCUUAUAUUUGGCACAUUGCAAGGUAGGGUAUAUCUGUUGGAUCACCAGGGCAACGCAGUGGAGUCAAAUCUAAGUAGCGGGAGUCAUCAUACACAUAAAGUGGCCGUGAACCACAUUGAUGUGGAUCCGAAAGGCGAAUAUGUAGCCACAUGCUCCGACGACGGCCGUGUCAACAUUACGGGCUUGUUUAGCUGUGAGAACAAUCACAGUCUCAGUUAUGGCAAGCACAUAAAAUCGGUUGCCUUGGAUCCCGAAGUUAAAUCGGGUGUGCGUCGAUUCAUUGUGGGCGAUAACAAACUCACAUUGUAUGAGCGAAAUCUGCUGCAGAGACUGAAACCAAGUGAAUUGUGUGCAGUGGAAGGAAGCGUUUUGUCCAUUUGCUGGCAGGGUAACUUUGUGGCCUGGGCCAGUCAUUUGGGUGUGCGUGUUUAUGAUCUGAGUGAAAAAUGUUCGCUUGGCCUUAUGAAAUGGGAGGUGCCACAGGAUUCACGUCUUGAGAACUUUCGUUGUCAUCUACGUUGGCCCAAUGCCACCACGCUUCUUAUAGGCUGGGUGGAUACUAUAAGAAUUUGUGUAAUUCGCAAACGCAAUGUCAUCGAAGCCUCCUCUAGUAAUUUACCCGGUUUCAUUGUCGACCCAGUCUCAACAUUUCAAACGUCAUUCAAUAUUUGUGGGCUGGCUCCGCUGGCCGUCAACCAAUUGGUUGUUUUGGGCUGUCGCAAGGAAAAAAGUGCCGACAAAAAGCCACUGCGUCCGGUACUUUGCGUUAUUGAGUACAAAAAUAACACCUGCGAGGAAAUAUGCACAGACAGUCUCUCACUACGUGGUUUCGAGGAGUAUACAGUCAACCACUAUAGUCUUGGCUGCAUUAUCGAGGAAAAUCGUUACUUUAUUAUAGCGCCCAAGGAUAUUGUGGUGGCCAGCCUUAUUGAAACGGACGAUCGUGUGGAAUGGCUAAUUAAGCACAAUAAAUUCGAGGAAGCGAUGGAGAUAUCUACACGUGGAGGCAGCUUGCCACUGCUGUCCGUAGCCAGAUUGUAUAUAAACCAUUUGUUGACGCUGAAGAAAUACGAAGACGCUGCCAAGCUUUGUCUACGCGUCCUGGGCAACAACAAAGCUCUGUGGGAGGAGGAAGUCUUCAAGUUUGUCAAGUGUCAGCAGUUGCGCUGUGUUAGUGCGUAUUUGCCCACAUCGGAGGAUUGCAAACUGGAUCCACAUGUCUAUGAAAUGGUGCUCUAUGAGUUUCUAAAAUUCGACGUAAACGGUUUCCUCAAUCUAAUAAAGGAGUGGCCUCCCCAUCUAUACGAUGGAAAGGCCGUGAUUAACGCCAUACACGAUUACUUCCGUAAAGAGGAUGCCAAUGUGAUGCUGGAGUCCUUGGCCCUGUUGUAUUCCUACCAAGGCAAUUAUGAGAGUGCCUUGCGCAUGUACUUGAAAUUGCAGAACAAGGAUGUCUUUGAGCUAAUAAGGCGCUUUGAGCUUUACGAUGUCAUCUCUAAACUAAUCAUUCCACUCAUUGAACUAGAUCGAGAAGGUGCCUUUAAAAUAUUAUUGGAUACAAGUAAAAUAAAGCCCGAGGUUGUAGUACAUCAAUUGGAACAAAAUCAGGAAUAUCUUUACUGGUACUUGGAUGCCCUGGAGAAGACUGACAGUUACGGGGCAUUCCAUCAGAAACUCGUUGUACUCUAUGCUAAGUAUGAUCGAUCGAAGCUGUUGCCGUUUCUCCGACGCUCGAAUGAUUAUGUUAUGCAGGAAGCUCUAGCAAUUUGCAAACGCGAAGGAUUCCAUCCAGAGAUGGUCUAUUUGCUGGGUCGCAUGGGCAGUGUCGUGGAGGCUCUAAAUAUAAUCAUACACAGUAUAAAGGACAUUGAAAUGGCAAUUGAGUUUUGCAAGGAACACAAUGAUGAUGAUCUAUGGAAUAAGCUCAUUGACGAGUCCACACAACAACCUGAAAUAGUAACCAAAGUUCUAGAUGGAAUAGUGGACUACGUCAAUCCGGAGUUGGUGGUUAGCAAGAUCAAAUUGGGUCAGAAAAUACCACAUCUGCAAGAGUCUCUCGUCAAAAUGCUGUGGCACUACAAUCUUCAGGAGAAAGUGACGAAAUUGGCGCACCAAAUCCAAUUGACCGACUACUUCGACACUCACUCUGAGGUAGUGACGAUGCAGCGGCGUGGACGACAUGUCUCUUAUGAUCAAGCGUGUUCUGCUUGCUGUCGUCCAUUGAUCACAAAUGAUACCAUGCCUAAAAAUGGUCUGACAGUGUUCAACUGCGGCCACAUUUAUCAUGAAGCGUGCUUGACUGACAAUCGUUGUGGACAGUGCUUGGACUGGGACACUAUUCUCGCGGAGAGUUAGACGACAGUAGUCUAGUCGUCCCUCCACCCCGACAAAUCAUGAAAAACAAGUCUGAAUGCGGUUUAUUACCAUAUGUACAAGGCUAUUAUGGAAAAUGUUAGUAAUAGACUGAUGAAAGCAUCUGCAACAUUACAAGAUAUAUUAGUAUAUUCCGUUUCAGUAUCAACAGCCGCUUAUGCAAUGUCCGUCUGACUAUUUGUUUGUUCGUCUUAGAACUUGAAAACCCCAAGAGCUUUAAUAACGAAAUUCUUGAUACUUCCUAGCUUGUUAAAAUGAAAACACUAUUUUAAAAAUAUAACCUUGAACUUUGGUAUCUUUA